UGCUGCUGCUGCUGUUUACACGAGUCAUGACAUCAUCAGAGAAGACUUUCAAAAUCUGGGAACGAAAGUGCGAGCGCGAGAGAGGAGAGGAGAGAGAAAAGAGAGAGUGAGGAAGAGAGAAAGAGCAGAAGACGAGUGGACAGGAGGGAGCUGGACCCAACAGGGGACUAUAUAAGAGCAGAGUGGACACUGGAGCAGACACAGGGAUAAUGAUGAUGAACAGAACGUGGCUUCACAGAGCUGUCCUCCUGCUCUGGAUCUCUGCACAGGCGCUGUGCCAGCUAUGUCGGAUGCCCUGCCAGUGCCCGGGGGAUAUCCCACAAUGCCGAGCGGGGGUUCCUCUGGUGUUGGAUGGGUGUGGCUGCUGUCAGGUGUGUGCACGUGGCAGAGGAGAGCCGUGCACGGAGCUGAACCCAUGUGGCAAAGGCCUUCAGUGUGACCACAGCGCCAGUCUGCCCGGGGAGCCAGGAGAGUGUGUGGGUGUGGAGGAGAUGGGCUGUGAGUUCAACGGUGUCUCGUAUGCUGAGGGCCAGACAUUUCGUCCGUCCUGUGACUCCUCGUGUCUCUGCUCAGGUGGAGGUGUGACCUGUGUCCACACCUGUCCCCUCUCCACCCCUCUGCCCUCCCCUGACUGCCCCUCCCCUCAGUACAUCCGCCUGCCUGGCAGGUGCUGCCCUGAAUGGGUCUGUGAAAACCUGGAGAACACUGUCAUACAAGACGCCAUCACAGCUCAGGGGUCUGGAGGAUUGUGGCCGUCUUUACCCAGAGCCCCUCCUCGGAACAGACUGGGCCCCCCCGCCCCUCGCUGUGUGGAGCAGAGUACCCAGUGGAGCGCCUGUUCUCGGAGCUGUGGGUCGGGGGUCUCCACUCGAGUGUCCAAUCAGAACCCGAGCUGUCGCCUGCAGAUGGAGACCAGACUGUGCAAAGUGAGGCCCUGCAGCGCCCCCUACCUGCCCAAGCUCGCACCUCCAGGACCUGGGCAGCUGCAGCAGAGGGGGGGUGCAGGAGUGUGCCAGCCCACUGUCCUGCCUCCAGGGCGGGUACGACUGUACCAUGAGGGCUGUUUCAGCACUAGGACCCUCCAGCUCCGAUACUGUGGUCUCUGCUCGGACGCCCGCUGUUGCACGCCUCACCACACCUCCACAGCUCAUGUCACCCUCAUGUGUCCAGGAGGCAGACUGCAGCACAGAGCAGUGAUGCUCAUCCACUCGUGUGUGUGCCACCACCACUGCCCCUACGCACCCCACACCAACCCGGCGCUGUGGGGGUACAGACCCUGACGAGACCCUAAAGAACCACAAACAACUGUACAGGCGUGGUGGGACAUCUGCUCUGCACUAUUUUGUGUGUAAAUACAAAGAUACAUUUAUGUAGUAGCCUCACUUUGAAGGCGCACUACCUGAUUUCGACUUUCUGAAAAACAUGAAAAACAGAACUAGUUCGUUUGAAACAGUUUGCAGUGGUCCAAAGUUAUUCCUCACUAACCUUGUGCAUUUUGAGUAUCCUAAUUAUUUACUGACAUGAGUUUAUAUGAGCACUUUUCACAAGUUUCAAAGGCUGAGUUUUGCCGUCACGGUAAUGCACUGCAAGAGCUGCUCAUACAAUAGAUUUGUACUGCAUAGAGCCUUUUAGUAGGCAAUAAAUCAAGAUUAGAAUAAUUUAGGUCAGUGUAAAAUCCCCACACAGUAUCACAGCCUGAUUUGUGUGCAGUUUCAGAUCCUAUGGUAGAUUAGCCGCUACAACACAUCUCUGACCCAAACCAGGAAAACCCUGCACUUUCUUCUAUAUUUCCAUCACAUUAUAACUGAUGCACCAUGACAUUCACAGCCAGAGAUUAAACCAUCCAUUCAUAUAAGUAAAAUGUUGAAUAUUGUAAAUUUUUGUACAGAUAUUUUUUAACAGUGUAAAGGUGCAUUGUGUAACUUUUCUGGCGGAGAGUCUGUCAAAUGCUUUUCUCCAUGAAGAUAUUUUUGCUUUGUCUGAAAUGUUUCACAGUAUGGGAUUAAACCUUUUAUAUCUUCAUGAAGACCAUGCCAGGUCAAGUUACUGGUCCGAUCUGUGUAGAGGCGACCCCACUCAGUCAGAAUGUCUAUUUUUCUAGGUAUUUUUGGCCAGGAAAACCAUCUGUAAUUGAAUAAAUGUAAGGUAGAUCCAUAAAUCUAUUAAAAUAACUGGACAGGGUGUUGCUGCUUGUAGCUGCCUCCAGUUAACGUAGUGGCUGCUCACUGGAACUUCAGAGGAAAAAAUCCAAUGGGCUGAGAGAGGAUUUUUCUCAUAGAGUGCAAUGUAACUGCUUGUGUUCGGCUGACAGGGCACCUACAACUUUCACAACUGUCAGAUUUGUUGGCUAUUUUUACCUAUUUUUAGAUCAUAAACUUUUUCUUUACUCAAAGCCCUCCAGUUGUCUUAAAAAACACUUUAUAAUCGUUAGCUCUGGCUCCGCUGUGGCUCCGCUGUGGCUCCGCUCUGGCUCUUCUCGCUCCGAUUGGUCACGGGAGAAAAGAGCACGAUUUCUUCCAUGUUAAAUGUUCCCUCAUUAAAAACAUGCAUAUAGAGGUUUUAAGUGUCAUCCAUGCAUGUUUGAGUGAUUUAGUGACCUCUCCCAAAGCUUAUUCAAACCAUCCUUACUGUUAGCAGUAAGAUUCUGUCCAAGACUCCGCCCACAAGCCUACAUCACCCAUGCUCUCCGACGACAAUUCUUCAUAAAUAUACAAAAACAUGAUACAAAACUGUACAUAACAACUUCACAAACUACAAACCUGAUGUGAUGUGCAGUGGUUUCAUUAGAUGGUUGCACACUGAUUGCGCUGUGGCAAAGUAACUUGCGUCUGGACGAAAGAGAGAGGAACUUAUAAAACAUUUUAAUACACUGUUUUGGGGAAUAUAGCAUUUUCAAAACAAUAAAAGGUAAUAUGGUUAUGUGUUAGCAGUUAAUACGAAGUAAAAUAUCCCCUCUUUAAAGUUUUGUAUGUAGCAUGUGACUUUGCACUUCCAAUGCCUCUGUAAAUAGCUUUAUAGAGAAUUUAUAACUAUUGUAUUUAUGUAUUAAGAGAUCAUUUGAUGGAAUUUGACUUGUAAUAAUAUUUUGUAUGAAGAAUUUUUAAUAAGGUGUGCUACAUGUUGCAUUUUCCCAUUGUGUUUUUACCACAGACUGUAUAAAGAAGUGGACUAAAAUAGUGUGAUGUCAUCCAUAGCGUUCGACUCCAGUCAAAUGAAGCUCACAGAGGCCUGCAGUUAUAGGAGCGAACAAAAUGACAGAGAGAAGGGUGAUGUUUUCUCAACAGAAGGUGACUUAGAGCCAGAAGGGCGCUCAAGCUCACUUUCUGUAUGAAACGUGGUGGCUAGUGGGUUACCUAUUUCCAUUUAUAUAUACAGUCUAUGGUUUUUGCUGAAGUUGCAGUUUCGAUUUUUGUACACUGUUGGUGCCAAAAUAAAAAUACACUUUCUGUAACUAACUCAUUGCUUUGUAAUGUAUUGUUUUAUUGUUUCCUCUGUAGUUUGAUGUUUCUUUGUGUCAGUGACAGGAAGUGGUCUUCAGCACCAACAGUAUUACUGCACGGGCUGAUGUGUUGAAUGUGCACAAACCACAACCUCCACACCACGUGACCCUGAACACAACUCAGCUUCAGAGACAUCAUUAGAUUUAACAUUGUACUAAAAAUGUUGCAUAGUCUUUUUUAGUUGUGUUAUUUUAAAUUUAGCAUUUUGUUAACAA